AUUCCAGGUUGAUGCCGCCCCAGGAUGGAUCAGACCUGUGAACUGUCUAGAAGAAAUUGUCUGCUGCCCUUUUCCAAUCCAGUGAAUUUAGAUGCCCCUGAAGACAAGGACAGCCCUUUCGGUAAUGGUCAAUCCAAUUUUUCUGAGCCACUUAAUGGGUGUACUAUGCAGUUAUCGACUGCUAGUGGAACAUCCCAAAAUGCUUAUGGACAAGAUUCUCCAUCUUGUUACAUUCCACUGCGGAGACUACAGGAUUUGGCCUCCAUGAUCAAUGUAGAAUAUUUAAAUGGGUCUGCUGAUGGAUCAGAAUCCUUUCAAGACCCUGAAAAAAGUGAUUCAAGAGCUCAGUCGCCAGUUGUUUGCACUUCCUUGAGUCCUGGUGGUCCAACAGCACUUCCUAUGAAACAGGAACCCUCUUGUAAUAACUCCCCUGAACUCCAGUUAAAAGUAACAAAGACUAUCAAGAAUGGCUUUCUGCACUUUGAGAAUUUUACUUGUGUGGACGAUGCAGAUAUAGAUUCUGAAAUGGACCCAGAACAGCCAGUCACAGAGGAUGAGAGUAUAGAGGAGAUCUUUGAGGACACUCAGACCAAUGCCACCUGCAAAUAUGAGCCUAAAUCAGAGAAUGAUGUAGAAGUGGCCAUGGGAAGUGAACAAGACAGCACAUCAGAGAGUAGUCACGGUGCAGUCAAAUCGCCAUUCUUGCCAUUAGCUCCUCAAACUGAAACACAGAAAAAUAAGCAAAGAGAUGAAGUGGACGGCAGCAAUGAAAAAGCAGCCCUUCUCCCAGCCCCCUUUUCACUAGGAGAUACAAACAUUACCAUAGAAGAGCAAUUAAAUUCAAUAAAUUUAUCUUUUCAGGAUGAUCCAGACUCCAGUACCAGUACAUUAGGAAACAUGCUAGAAUUACCUGGAACUUCAUCAUCAUCUACUUCACAGGAAUUGCCAUUUUGUCAACCCAAGAAAAAGUCUGCGCCAUUGAAGUAUGAAGUUGGAGAUCUCAUUUGGGCAAAAUUCAAGAGACGCCCAUGGUGGCCCUGCAGGAUUUGCUCUGAUCCGUUGAUUAAUACACAUUCAAAAAUGAAAGUUGCCAACCGGAGGCCCUAUCGUGAGUACUACGUGGAGGCUUUUGGAGACCCUUCUGAAAGAGCCUGGGUGGCUGGAAAAGCAAUUGUCAUGUUUGAAGGCAGGCAUCAAUUUGAAGAAUUACCUGUCCUUAGGAAAAGAGGAAAGCAGAAAGAAAAAGGUUAUAGACAUAAGGUGCCUCAGAAAAUUUUGAGUAAAUGGGAAGCCAGUGUUGGUCUUGCUGAACAGUAUGAUGUUCCCAAAGGGUCAAGGAACAGGAAAUGUGUCACCAGUUCAAUCAAGUUGGACAGCGAAGAGGACAUGCCAUUUGAGGAUUGUACAAAUGAUCCUGAAUCAGAACAUGACCUAUUGCUUAAUGGCUGCUUGAAAUCUCUGGCUUUUGAUUCUGAACAUUCUGCAGAUGAGAAGGAAAAACCCCCUGCUAAGUCUCGAACUAGAAAAAGCUCUGAUAAUCUAAAAAGGACUAGUGUGAAAAAGGGCCUUAUGCAGUUUGAAACACAUAAAGAGGAAUGGAGGGGAAAGACUCCUGAGAACCUUAGCCUAAAUUUUAUCUCUGGGGAUGUGUCUGAUAAUCAGGCCUCUAAUGAACUUUCUAGGAUAGCAAACAGCCUCAGUGGGUCCAGCACUUCCCCAGGCAGUUUUCUCUUUGCUUCAUGUGGAAAAAACACUGCAAAGAAAGAAUUUGAGACUUCAAAUUGUGAUGGUUUAUUAGGAUUAUCUGAGGGUGCCUUGAUCUCUAAACGCUCUGGGGAGAAAAAGCGAGGUCUGGUGUGUAAUUCGAAAGUACAGCUCUGCUAUGUUGGAGCUGGUGAUGAAGAAAAGCGAAGUGAUUCCAUUAGUAUCUGUACCACUUCUGAUGAUGGAAGCAGUGAUCUGGAUCCCAUAGAACACAGCUCAGAGUCUGAUAACAGUGUCCUUGAAAUUACAGAUACUUUUGAUAGAACAGAGAAUGUGUUACCUGUACAGAAAAAUGAAAAGAUGAAGUAUUCUAGGUAUCCUGACACAAACACUAGAGUAAAAGCCAAAUCGAAGCCCUUCAUUGCUAACUCACAUACAGACCACUUACUGGCUUGUAAGACAGCAGAGCCUGGAACUGAAACAUCUCAGGUUAAUCUCUCUGAUCUUAAGGUGUCUACUUUUGUUCAGAAAUCCCAUUCAGAUUUUAGAAAUGAUAAUCUGUCUCCAAAAUUCAACACACCAAACAUUUCCAGUGAGAACUCACUAAUGAAAAGUGGGGCUACACAUCAAGGUCUAUUACAUUCAAAAAACAAACAGCCCAAGUUCCGAAAUAUAAAGUGCAAACAUAAAGAAAAUCCAGUUAUGGUAGAAUCACAAGUUAUAAAUGAGGACUGCAGUUUGAGAUGCUGCUCUUCUGAUUCUAAAGGUUCUGCUUUGGCCAGCAUUUCUAAAAGUGGGAAAGUAGAUGGGCUAAAGCUACUAAACAACAUGCAUGAGAAAACCAGGGAUUCAAGUGACAUAGAAACAGCAGUGGUAAAACAUGUUCUGUCAGAAUUGAAAGAACUUUCUUACAGAUCCUUAAGUGAUGAUGUCAGUGACUCUGGAACACCAAAGCCAUCAAAACCAUUACUUUUUUCUUCCACUUCUAGUCAGAAUCAUAUGCCUAUUGAACCAGACUACAAAUUCAGUACACUGCUAAUGAUGCUAAAAGAUAUGCAUGAUAGUAAGACCAAGGAGCAAAGGUUGAUGACAGGUCAAAACCUGGUCUCUUAUCGAAGUCCUGCCCGUGGAGACUGUUCUACCAGUAGCCCUGUAGGGGCAUCUAAAGUUUUAGUUUCAGGAGGCUCUACACACAAUGCAGAAAAAAAUGGAGAUGGCACUCAGGAUUCAGCCCGUCCUUGCCCUAAUGGGAGUGACUCUGCACUGUCUGGGGAGUUGUCUGCCUCCCUACCUGAUUUAGUGUCCAAUAGAAGAGACUUCCCUCCUGGAAAAAGUCGAUCAAACUGUGUUUCUAGGCGUAACUGUGGCAGAUCAAAAUUGUCACCCAAAAUGAGAGAUGCAUUUUCAGUCCAAAUAGCAAAGAACACAGUGAACCGGAAAACCUUAAAGACAGAGAAAACCUUAAAGACAGAGCGCAAAAGAAAACUGAACCGACUUCCAGCUCUGACCCUUCCAGGUACAACACAGGGAGACAAAGGGAGUGGAGCUUCAGUGAAUAGCCCAUCAAGGAAUAGGGCAGCAGAUCCUCCUAAAGAAGAACCUCUGCAAUUAAUGGACCAUUUAGCAAGUGAAGAUGUUCACUUUUCUGAUGUACAUUUUGAUAACAAAAUUAAACAGUCUGACCCUGAUAAAAUUUCUGAAAAAGGAUCCACUUUUGAGAACAGUAAAGGCCCAAUGUUGGAUUCUGAAAUGAACAGUGAGCAUGAUGAACCCAGUACUGGUAUAAGUCAAGUAGUGCCUAAAAAGCGGUGGCAGCGUGUAAACCAAAGGCGCACUAAACCUGGAAAGCGCACUAACAGAUUUAGGGAGAAGGAAAACUCUGAGGGCGCCUUUGGGGUCUUUCCUCCUGGCGAACCUAUAGAGAAAGGGCACAAUAAUUUCUCAGAGCAUAGAGCUCCUCCUCCUUCUACAGAUACACUAGAGGAUUCGCUAACAACUCCUAAUCAUGUCAGCCACCUAGAUUCAGUUGGGCCACGGUUGAAUGUUUGUGAUAAAUCCAGUACCAGCAUGGAGAACAUGGAAAAAGAGCCAGGAAUUCCCAACUUGACACCACAGGCUGAGCUCCCUGAGCCAGCUGUGCGAUCAGAGAAGAAACGCCUUAGGAAACCAAGCAAGUGGCUUCUGGAAUAUACAGAAGAAUAUGAUCAGAUAUUUGCACCUAAGAAAAAGCAAAAGAAGGUACAGGAACAAGCGCACAAGGUAAGUUCCCGCUGUGAAGAAGAAAGCCUUCUGUCCCGCUGUCAGUCUGGUAAUCAGAACAAGCAGGUGGAUGAGAAUUCUUUUAUUUCAACCAAAGAAGAGCCUCCAGUUCUUGAAAGGGAGGCUCCGUUUUUGGAGGGGCCCUUGGCUCAGUCAGAACUUGGAGUUGGUCAUGCUGAGUUGCCACAGCUAACGUUGUCUGUGCCUAUGGCUCCAGAAGUCUCUCCGAGGCCUGCCCUUGAGUCUGAAGAUAUGAUUGUUAAAACACCAGGAAACUAUGAAAGUAAACGCCAAAGGAAACCAACUAAGAAACUUCUUGAAUCCAAUGAUUUAGACCCUGGAUUUAUGCCCAAGAAGGGGGACAUUGGCUUUUCUAAAAAGUGUUAUGAAGGUGGUCAUUUGGAGAAUGGCAUUACUGAAUCUUGUACUGUGUCUCAUUUGAAAGAAUUUCGUAAAGGCAUGACCAAGAUGUUUGACAAGCCAAGGAAACGAAAACGACAGAGACAUGUUACACCCAAGGUGCAGUGCAAAAGAGUGAAAAAUGGUGACUCAUCAAAAGAAACUCCAGGCUUGGAGGGAGAACUGAUGACUCACAGGACAGCUGCAAGCCCGAAGGAGAAUAUUGAGGAGGGCAUAGAACACGAUGCUGGGAUGUCUUCAUCUAAAAGAAUGCAGAGUGAACGAGGAGGAGGAGCUGCACUCAAGGAGAAUGUUUGUCAGAACUGUGAGAAAGUGGGUGAGCUGCUAUUAUGUGAGGCUCAGUGCUGUGGGGCUUUCCACCUGGAGUGCCUUGGGUUAACUGAGAUGCCACGAGGAAAAUUUAUCUGCAAUGAGUGUCGCACAGGAAUCCAUACCUGUUUUGUAUGUAAACAGAGUGGGGAAGAUGUUAAAAGGUGCCUUCUACCCUUGUGUGGAAAGUUUUACCAUGAAGAUUGUGUCCAGAAGUACCCACCAACUGUCAUGCAGAACAAGGGCUUCCGGUGCUCCCUCCACAUCUGUAUUACCUGUCAUGCUGCUAAUCCAGCCAGUGUUUCAGCAUCUAAAGGUCGUCUGAUGCGCUGUGUCCGUUGUCCUGUGGCAUACCAUGCAAAUGACUUUUGUUUAGCUGCAGGGUCAAAGAUCCUUGCAUCGAAUAGUAUCAUCUGUCCUAAUCACUUUACCCCUAGGCGGGGCUGCCGAAAUCAUGAGCAUGUCAAUGUCAGCUGGUGUUUUGUGUGCUCAGAAGGAGGCAGCCUGCUGUGCUGCGAUUCUUGUCCUGCUGCUUUUCAUCGUGAAUGCCUAAAUAUUGAUAUCCCUGAAGGAAACUGGUAUUGCAAUGACUGUAAGGCAGGCAAAAAGCCACACUACAGGGAAAUUGUAUGGGUAAAAGUUGGACGAUACAGGUGGUGGCCAGCUGAGAUCUGCCAUCCUCGAGCUAUUCCUUCCAACAUUGAUAAAAUGAGACAUGAUGUAGGCGAGUUCCCUGUUCUCUUCUUUGGAUCCAAUGACUAUCUGUGGACUCACCAGGCUCGAGUCUUUCCUUACAUGGAGGGGGAUGUGAGCAGCAAGGAUAAGAUGGGCAAAGGAGUGGAUGGAACAUAUAAAAAAGCUCUUCAGGAAGCAGCAGCAAGAUUUGAGGAGUUAAAGGCACAAAAAGAGCUAAGACAGCUGCAGGAAGAUAGAAAAAAUGACAAGAAGCCACCACCUUAUAAACAUAUAAAGGUGAACCGUCCUAUUGGCAGGGUGCAGAUCUUCACUGCAGACUUAUCGGAAAUUCCCCGUUGCAAUUGUAAAGCUACUGAUGAAAACCCUUGUGGGAUAGACUCUGAGUGCAUCAACCGCAUGCUGCUAUAUGAAUGCCACCCCACAGUAUGUCCUGCUGGAGGCCGCUGUCAAAACCAGUGUUUCAGUAAGCGCCAGUAUCCAGAGGUUGAAAUUUUCCGCACAUUACAGAGGGGCUGGGGUCUACGGACAAAAACAGAUAUUAAAAAGGGUGAAUUUGUGAAUGAAUAUGUGGGUGAACUAAUAGACGAAGAAGAAUGCAGAGCUCGAAUCCGUUAUGCCCAAGAACAUGAUAUUACUAAUUUCUAUAUGCUCACCCUAGAUAAAGACCGAAUCAUUGAUGCUGGUCCCAAAGGAAACUAUGCUCGGUUUAUGAAUCAUUGCUGCCAGCCCAACUGUGAAACACAGAAGUGGUCUGUGAAUGGAGAUACCCGUGUCGGCCUUUUUGCCCUGAGUGACAUUAAAGCAGGCACUGAACUUACCUUCAAUUACAACCUAGAAUGUCUUGGGAAUGGAAAAACUGUUUGCAAAUGUGGAGCUCCAAACUGCAGUGGCUUCUUGGGUGUCAGGCCAAAGAAUCAACCCAUUGCCACAGAAGAAAAGUCAAAAAAAUUCAAGAAGAAACAACAGGGGAAGCGCAGAAGCCAGGGUGAAAUCACAAAAGAACGAGAGGAUGAAUGUUUCAGCUGUGGGGAUGCCGGCCAGCUGGUCUCCUGCAAGAAACCAGGCUGCCCCAAAGUUUACCAUGCAGACUGUCUCAAUCUGACCAAGCGACCAGCAGGGAAGUGGGAGUGUCCUUGGCACCAGUGUGACGUCUGUGGGAAGGAAGCAGCCUCCUUCUGUGAGAUGUGCCCCAGUUCAUUCUGCAAGCAACAUCGGGAAGGGAUGCUCUUCAUUUCCAAACUCGAUGGGCGUCUCUCUUGUACUGAGCAUGAUCCCUGUGGGCCCAACCCUCUGGAACCUGGGGAGAUCCGUGAGUAUGUGCCUCCCUCAGUGCCGCUGCCUCCAAGCCCCAGUACUCACCUGGCAGAACAAUCAUCAGGAAUGGCUGCUCAGGGUCCCAAGAUGUCAGAUAAACCACCUGCUGAUGCCAACCAGACGUUGCCACUCUCCAAAAAAGCUCUGGCAGGGACUUGUCAGAGGCCACUGCUACCUGAAAGACCUCUGGAGAGAAGUGACUCCAGCUCCCAGCUUUUAGAUAGGGUCAGAGACCUUGCUGGGUCAGGGACCAAAUCGCAAUCCUUAUCAAACCAGAGGCCGCUGGACAGGCCAUCUGCAGUGGAAGGACCAAGACCACAGCUAUCUGACAAACCCUCUCCAGUGACCAGCCCAAGCUCCUCACCCUCAGUGAGGUCUCAACCACUGGAAAGACCCCUGGGGAUGGCUGACCCAAGGCUGGAUAAAUCUAUAGGUGCUGCCAGCCCAAGGCCCCAGUCACUAGAGAAAAACCCAGCUCCCACAGGCCUGAGACUUCCGCCGCCAGACAGACUGCUAAUCACCAACAGUCCCAAACCCCAGACUUCUGACAGGCCCACAGACAAAUCCCACACCUCUUUGGCUCAGAGACUUCCACCUCCUGAGAAAGUACUAUCAGCUGUGGUACAGACCCUGGUAGCUAAAGAAAAAGCACUGAGGCCUGUGGAUCAGAACACUCAGUCAAAAAACAGAGCUGCUUUGGUGAUGGAUCUCAUAGACUUAACUCCUCGCCAGAAAGAACAGGCUACUUCUCAUGAGGUCACACCGCAGGCUGAUGAGAAGAUGCCACUGUUGGAGUCAAGCUCAUGGCCUGUUGGCAAAGGUCUGGGGCAUGUGCCACGAGCUCUGGAGAAAGGAAGCAUGUCAGAUCCCCUUUUCCAACCACCUGGGAAAACUGCAGCCCAUUCUGAGCACACCUGGCAAGCUGUUAAAUCACUCACCCAGGCCAGACUUCUUUCUCAGCCUCCUGCCAAGGCUUUUUUAUAUGAGUCAGCUACUCAGGCUUCAGGAAGAGCUCCUGCAGGAGUUGAGCAGACCCCAGGGCCCCCGAGCCAACCUCCAGGCAUGGUGAAGCAGGUGAAGCAGAUGGCUGGAGGCCAGCAUCUACCUGGACUUACUGCCAAAAGUGGCCAGUCCUUUAGGUCUCUUGGCAAGGCUCCAACCUCCCUCCCCACUGAAGAGAAGAAGUUGCCAACCACAGAGCCGAGUCAUUGGUCCCUGGGAAAAGCUUCGCCAGGGACAGGACUCUGGCCCAUAGUGGCUGGACAGGCACUGGCACAGUCUUGCUGGUCUGCUGGGAGUACACAGACAUUGGCACAGACUUGCUGGUCUAUUGGAAGAGGGCAAGAUCCCAAACGAGAGCAAAAUACACUUCCAACUCUUAACCAGGCUCCUUCCAGUCACAAGUGUGCAGAGUCAGAACAGAAAUAAUACCUGUAAAUGUCACACGUCCAGACAAGCUGUACCCAGAGUACCAUAUGGGGAGGGGAAUCUAUGUUUCUUUCUUUUCCCCCUUUGAAAAAUAGACCUACCCCCAACACUCUUCCACUGUUACUCUUUCCUUGUAUUCCAGUACUCAGAAUUCUUGUGACAUUAGCCAGUGGGGGUUUCUGGUUGUGUGAACCAUGUAUGGGAAUUCAACCAGCCCCAGCCAUGCAGACAGACAGACUUGCAUCUCUUUCCCCCAAUUUUUACACACAGUCAACUUAAAAUAAAAAGUCCACUCUGGAGUCAAGCAUGGAAUUCAAUUCCGCUGGUCAAGCUGGAAAGUAUAGGGGCUCUUAAAGCUAUUUCCCCAGCCUAGCAGAGCCUCACUGAGGGCACUCUAUGAACUCUUGGGAGGAACCAGUGUUCAUUCAGAAUCAGUAGCAAUUUUCUGAGCAUUCAUGUGUGCUAGGCUUAGGUUGGUCACUGACAAAAACACAAGUACAUAAAGCCUGAUUCCUGUGAGCCUAACUUGCUGCCUAGGUUCCCAAGGUUCCCAAGACUGCUUUUAGGAACUUUUGACCUGGAAACUACAGGAAAUAUUGAGGGGCCUUGGAUUUCCAGGGUUAUUUUGAAAUGUUCUGUGUGGCACCAGAUGUGGCUGUGUUGAACAAGUGUCUCCUGCUUGUGGUGUGAGUGCGUAUAUAUGUACACUGCAUCUUCAAAACUCUGCUUUUGUAGAUGGAAUGGUGCUGCAUCAAGGCCAAGGAAGGGUUUUGGCUGAGGCAGGUGCUACUUUCAUCUGCAUUAUGCCCAGUCUGCAGAUUUGUCCUUGGAGAAGCAGCUGGUUUAGGAGGAGCUGGGCUCUAUGAGAAUGUCGCUAGCUUUCUAGCAGUGAAGAGAAUUGGCAAGCUUACUUUUUCUUUUCUAUCAGUUUUCACAUGAACCCAUUCCCCCACGCCCGUUUUCUCAAAACACUCAGGUGCUUUCAGAUUUCAGUCUCAGGCAAUGGACAUAGGGAAUCUCUGGCCAGCUGUGAGCCAGACACACUAACUUCCAGAACAGUGCUGGGCCCUAAUGGAAAAUUAUUUCUGCCCUAGUCCUUUGUCUUUUUAAUUGAACUAAGGGAGUCCUCUUCACCACCUCCCUGAGAUUUGCUGUGCUUUUUAUGGAGAGCACUUGCCUGCUGACGUAGCUUAAAAGCCAGAACCUUUCCCUAAGACUGGAAGGAGAAAAUGUUUGGAGCAGUGUCCAGUCUAAGAGAUGAUUCCUCAUUAACUGCUGAUUAUCUGUUACUGCUGCCCUGAGCUGGGGGACCCAAGGGCUGGGAAAUCUAUUGGUGCUACCCUGCCCUACCAUUCACCCAGCUCGACCUGCCAACAGGUAAUACUGUUUGGCUAGUUCCUUCCCACUCACCCACCCCUCCUUUGUCCCUAAACCAACCAAUCUCUCUGCUUUGCCAACUUAGCCAGAAGCUUUAGCCAACAGGCCACCUCUUGGCCCUAGUGUCUCCUGGCCAUUGUGUCAGUUACUGCUUUUACAUUCUCAACAGGAUUCUGUAUCUUGUCCCAAUUUUCUCCUAAGUUCCUACUAAGAUUACAUCACUUCCAAGGGGAAGGAACAGUAGUUGUUAUAGAAGCAUUUGCGCUUUAUAUAAAGAUUGAAAAUAGAAAAGGCUUUUUAUUUCCCAAAGUCUAUCUGUGGGGUUGAGAUACUUGAACUCAGGCAGAGGGUUCAGGCUGGGCAGGGCUGUCCUGAGUUUAGAGCCUAUCCCUGCAUUUCACUGAGACCUCAGAAAACCUGCCUAGUUCUUCCAUUUCACCCUUUUUAUCCUCUCUUCCACAUCAUCAGAGAAGGAAAAGCUAUUUGUUCAAAAGGAAGAGAAAAAUAUAAAGCAUCUUAUUUUCUUUUAAAAGAAUUUUAAACCAUGAAAAAGAUAUUUUUAAAGAAAUUACCCAGAACAUUAAAGUUCACUAUAUUAAGUAUUUAUCAUGUGUGGAAUAAUAAGUAUAUAAUUGCAGCUAGUAGCCCCCUUCCCUAACCUCUUAGGUUGUGAGUAGGUUGCUUGGUGCCAGUCCUAUGUGCCGUUUGCUCUCCUGUCAUCUGUAGUUGUGAUCAAAAAAAUAUCUGCACUGCACUAUCAGAAUCUCCUUUCACUAUGUUGUGUGUUCAAUUAUCUUAUUAGCUUUGUUUCAUGAAAUAAACUGUGAAUUUUUUUGGGGGGUGGGCAUGCAGGCUUUGUAAAGUUUUAAUUCUGAACUAGCUUCUCUGUAGUAGGCUGUGGUAGGUGAUUGACUUUGACAGCCAUCUUAGAAAUGUCUCACAGGUCAGGAGGGAAGUGAGGGAUAGGGGGCUUUGAUUGGCCACUUUGUGGUUUUGAUUUGGCUCUUUCCAUUCUUUACCAUUUACUGGAGGCUUUGUUCCAGACCUGCCUAGGAAAACUUCGGAGCUGUGUACUUGGUUUUGGGUGACAGUUCUUUGAAUGCAAUGACAACCAGGCUUCUCUCCAGAACCACUGACUCAGGGUGUUGAAUGGAAAUUAGAAAGUCAAGCCAUUGGGCGCACUGUGGUAGCAUGAAUGCAGUUACUAUCCAGUUAGAAGCAGUCAGCACAACUGCUGGGAAAUGACUCACAUAUGAAGGUGGGAAGAGGGUGACCCAUCAGCCUUUUUGGACUUCUGAAGCCUGCAAUGAGACCUUUUCUUCAAGGGGGUGUGGACUGGCAGUAAAUCUUUUUAUUUUAGAAACUUCUGAUAAUUGUGCAGGAUGGUAUUUUAUUGUUUGGUAUUUGGCUCAAUACUUGGAAGAUAAGUUCUCAAGAGAGUCUGUUUAUGAGCCAGUUUCCCAGGAAGCCUUUUUGAGGAGCAAGCCAAAGAUGGAAAUGCUCCUUAUGAAGCUAGAAAAUUAAUACCCGAGUCCUGAUAAAUCAGGAAAAAAAAUUAUGGAAACUGCUGAAAUUUGUAUUCAAAGUCUCAUGUUUCUCCUGCAGGAACUAACUCAUUCUAAUAUAAAACCUGUCAUUGCCACAAAAGCAUCCAUGAUUUUAGAUGCUUGCUUUUCUCUAAAGUUACUGAGUUUGAGAUUACUUAAAUCACUGUUGAUCGUCUUCUGAGCCAAAUUUACCUCUUUGGCAUUCAUGAAUUAUUCUUCAAAUCCUCCACUCCACACUGUAGUCAAGGUAUCGAGUGUACACGCAGUCCUUCCUGAUUUGCCAUCAUGUGCUCAUGAAGCUGGAGUCCCAAAUUGUAUUAAUGUUGCCUUGUGAGAACUAGCGAGCAGGAAGGAGCACUGAUCUUCGUGAAAAACAAUUGAGAGCAUUAAAUUUGGUAUGUUUUACUAGUAGCUCCUAUAGGGCAGGUUUUCUCCUAAGGCUUGGGACAUUGUCAACCUCUUAGGGUUUGUCACCAGGUCAGAGGGGCCCAGUGGCCUAACCUCCAAGACCAUGGCAGGAAAGGCAUUGCUUCAGUCCUUUUUCCUGCUGAGUAAAAUUUGACUUCUCAUGUGUUAAGACAUUCCACAUCAUUUAGAGCUAGGUAGCUGCUGUGGGAGCUCCCCUUGCCUGUGGCCAUUUAGCUUUCAGCUGAACAUCCUAGGCCAGUACAGCAGGGCCAGAGAUUGCUAUAGUGUAAGUUGAAAUAAUGAAUAGAUAACUGCUUUGUGUAUACACGCACACAUACACACACACACACACACACACAAUGAUGGUGCUAAUUUCAUUAUAUAGAUAAGCACUGCCAAGGGUUGAGGGACUGGUGACUUUACUUGGGUUCCUAUUUGCCGGGUAAGAGAUUUCACACAAGGUUUCUUUGAGGCCCUAUGAGAAGUAGGGAGAAGGCAACACCUCUGUGAAGCCUGUACUCAACCCUGGAGUGGUCCCAUGCAAACCAGAGGUGGAAGAGAUCCUGUGACUAGUUGAAGGUGGUCAUUGAGUUUUUCAGGGCUGGGGUCACUUCACCAGAAACAGGCUGGUAGAGAGCUCUGGGUCUCCCUCCAUUACCUUCUGCCCCUCUACCUCGUCUCUCAUGGAAGCAUCUCUGUUGCUUAUGAAGAUUAAGGGUAAUACUUUUUAAGGAAAUGGAAAGAGUUUACUUAGAAAUCUACAGACUCAGAAGAAAUCUCUUGCCAACAUAAGCAGAACAGCACAUACUAAAUUCUUCUGUGGUCCUUUCCCUAGAGUUGCCUUCUCAUGACUCUUUAAGAAUCAGGCUAUGAGGGGCCCUGGAACAGCACCUGGGGGUUCAGUAAAGCUCUGUAGACAGAAGCAAACACAGGGAGCAGAGCAGAAACGAACAGUCCCGGUACAUUAGGCUCCAGGCUAGGUGGAGCAGGUAGUCUCCCAGCUUGAGGUGGUGCUGCUUAUGUGUGUAUGUAGGUGUGUGGAAGAUGACGAGUGCAGCACGCAGGAGCUUGUGGAAGAGCAGCUUUCUAGGUCUUGGCAAAGAAACAAGCUGACAUGAGAGGUCUGUUUUUAUAUUUUUAAGAAAGGGGAGGGGCAGGGGAUCCAGCCAAGGCCCAUCACUGUUGCCUCCCCCGACCCUGCCCUGUCCCUUCAGACUGUCAGCUGGAAGUGAAACUCCUAGUGAAAAGAGGGGAACCCUGUGCUAGGAGUCCCCAUAAACAUGUACUGUAAUUCUUUGUAUAUAUAAAAAAAAUACUGUAAAGUAAAGUUUAACUUUACUCUUA